AUGGGGCCUGCCUCGGGCCCCCGCCUGCUGCUGCUGCUGCUGCUGACCAGCCUCCCCCUGGCACUGGGGGACCCCAUGUUCUCCAUGAUCACCCCCAACAUCCUGCGGCUGGAGAACAAGGAGACCGUGGUGCUGGAGGCCCAUGACCUGAAAGAAAACACUGAAGUCACCGUCACCGUCCACGACUUCCCGGCCAAGAAGCAAGUGCUGUUCAGAGAGAAAACCGAUCUGACCAGCGCCAAUCAGUACAUGAGCACCGUCACCAUCCAGAUGCCGGCCAACAAGGAUGCAAAAUCAGAGAAGGGGAGCAAGUUCGUGAUUGUCCAGGCGGCCUUCGGGGCCACUGUGCUGGAGAAGGUGGUGCUGGUCAGCUUCCAGAGUGGGUACCUGUUCAUCCAGACGGACAAGACCAUCUACACCCCCAGCUCCACAGUCCUCUAUCGGGUCUUCACCGUGGACCACAACCUGCUGCCCAUAGGCCGGAGCGUUAUCAUCAGCAUCCAGUCCCCUGAUGGUGUGACCGUCAAGCGGGGCUCCCUGUCCUCUCAAAACCAGGAUGGCAUCUUGUCCCAGUCGUGGUACAUCCCAGAGCUGGUCAACAUGGGGCAGUGGAAGAUACAAGCCCACUACGAAGAUGCCCCGGAGCAGGUCUUCUCCGCCGAGUUCGAGGUGAAGGAAUACGUGCUGCCCAGUUUUGAGGUCCAGGUGGAACCUGCACAGAAAUUCUACUAUAUCGAUAGCACAGAGGGCUUGGAUGUCACCAUCAUGGCCAGGUUCUUAUACGGGAAGGAAGUGGACGGAACAGCCUUCGUCAUCUUUGGAGUCCAGGAUGGCGACCGGAGGAUUUCUCUGUCUCAGUCCCUCACCCGUAUUCUGAUUGAAGAUGGCAAUGGGGUGGCUACGCUGAAACGAAAUGUCCUGCUGGAAGGGGUGCGACCCUCCCGACCAGAAGCCCUGGUGGGGAAGUCAUUGUACGUGUCAGCCACUGUUAUCUUGCACUCAGGCAGCGACAUGGUGGAGGCCGAGAGCAACGCGAUCCCCAUCGUGACCUCCCCCUACCAGAUCCACUUCACCAAGACGCCCAAGUUCUUCAAACCAGCCAUGCCCUUUGACCUCAUGGUGUUCGUGACAAACCCUGACGGCUCCCCGGCCCCCCACGUCCCCGUGGGGAUCCAGAACUACAGAGUGCAGGCUUUAACCCAGAAAGACGGUGUGGCCAAGCUGACCAUCAACACACCCGACAGCAAGAAGCCCCUGCACAUCACUGUAAGCACGAAGAAGGAGGGUAUCCUAGAGUCUCGACAGGCCACCAGGACCAUGGAAGUCCAACCCUACAACACCAUCGGCAACUCCAGAAACUACCUGCAUCUGUCUGUGCCUCGAAUGGAACUGAAGCCAGGGGAAACUCUCAAUGUCAACUUCCACCUGCGAACGGACCCCAGCAAGGAGGCUCAGAUCCGCUACUACACCUACCUGAUCAUGAACAAAGGGAAGAUCUUGAAGGUGGGCCGCCAGGAGCGGGAGAGUGGCCAGGACCUGGUCGUACUGCCCUUGACCAUCACUUCGGACUUCAUUCCUUCCUUCCGCCUAGUGGCUUAUUACACAGUCAUUGGAAGCAGCGGCCAGAGGGAAGUGGUCGCCGAUUCCGUGUGGGUGGACGUCAAGGACUCCUGCAUGGGCACCCUGGUGGUGAAAGGCAGCGGGAAGGAACAGAGGUCACACCUGCCUGGACAGCAGACGACCCUCAUCAUCCAGGGAGACCCGGGGGCCCGCGUGGGCCUCGUGGCUGUGGACAAGGGUGUGUUCGUGCUGAACAAGAAGAACAAACUGACUCAGAGCAAGAUCUGGAACGUGGUGGAGGCGGCGGACAUCGGCUGCACAGCGGGCAGCGGAAAGGACUAUGCCGGGGUGUUCAUGGACGCAGGCCUGGCCCUCAAGACCAACAAAGAACUGCAGACUCCCCAGAGGAGAGAUCUUGAGUGCCCCAAACCAGCCGCCCGGCGCCGCCGCUCCGUGGUGCUCACGGAGAAGAGGAUGGACAAAGUGGGCCAGUACCCGAAAGAGCUGCGCAAGUGCUGCGAGGGCGGCAUGCGGGACAACCCCAUGAAGUUCUCCUGCGAGCGCAGGGCCCAGUUCGUCUCCCGCGAGGAGUCGGAGAGCUGCGUGAAGGCUUUCCUCGAGUGCUGCAAAUACAUCACGCAGCUGCGGCUCAACUACAGCCGCAUGGACAACCUGGGACUGGCCAGGAGUGACAUGGAUGAAGAACUAUUCCUGGAAGAGGACAUCGUUUCCAGAAGCCAGUUCCCUGAGAGCUGGCUGUGGACCAUAGAGAUUCUCAAUGAACCUGAGAAAAAUGGAAUCUCCACGAAGACCAUGAAUGUGUUUUUGAAAGACUCCAUCACAACUUGGGAAAUUCUGGCUGUGAGCUUGUCGAAGAAGAAAGGGAUCUGUGUGGCUGACCCCUAUGAAGUCACAGUGCUACAAGACUUCUUCAUUGACCUGCGGCUACCCUACUCUGUUGUACGUAAUGAGCAGGUGGAGAUCCGAGCCAUACUCUACAAUUACCAGGAGAGAGAGGAUAUCAAGGUCAGGGUGGAACUACUCUACAAUCCAGCCUUCUGUAGUCUGGCCACAUCUAAGAAGAGCUACCAGCAGAUUGUAAACAUCCCAGCCAAGUCCUCCGUGGCCGUGUCUUAUGUCAUUGUGCCUCUGAAGAUUGGCCUCCAUGAGGUGGAGGUCAAGGCCGCUGUCUACAGGCAUUUCGCCAACGAUGGUGUCAAGAAGAUCUUGAAGGUCGUGCCGGAAGGAAUCCUAGUCAACCAAACCUUGGCCAUUCGCACGCUGGAUCCAGAAGCCAAGGGCCAGGAGGGAGUGCAGCGAGAGGAGGUCCAUGCCGCAGACCUGGGCGACCAAGUCCCGGACACGGAGUCAGAGACCAGGAUCCUCCUGCAAGGGACCCCGGUGGCUCAGAUGGUAGAGGACGCCAUCGACGGGGACCGUCUAAAGCACCUCAUCGUGACCCCGUCGGGCUGCGGGGAGCAGAACAUGAUCGGCAUGACGCCCACCGUCAUCGCCCUGCAUUACCUGGACCAAACCGAGCAGUGGGACAAGUUCGGGCUGGAGAAGCGCCAGGAGGCCUUGGAGCUCAUCAAGAAGGGAUACACCCAACAGCUGGCCUUCAGACAACCCAACUCGGCCUUCGCUGCCUUCCAGAACCGGCCAUCCAGCACCUGGCUGACAGCCUACGUGGUCAAGGUCUUCUCUCUGGCCACCAACCUCAUCGCCAUUGAAGCCCAGGUUCUCUGCGGGGCUGUCAAAUGGCUGAUCCUGGAGAAGCAGAAGCCCGAUGGGAUCUUCCAGGAGGAUGGGCCUGUGAUCCACCAAGAGAUGACCGGUGGCUUCCGGGAAGCUGAGGAGAAGUCUGUGUCCCUCACGGCCUUUGUUCUCAUAGCACUAAAAGAGGCUGAAGAUAUUUGUAUAGGACAGGUUAACAUCUUGCCAAGCAGCAUCGAAAAGGCAGGAAAUUAUCUUGCAGCCCACUACCAGAACCUGAGGAGACCAUAUUCUGUGGCCAUUGCUGGCUACGCCCUGGCCCAUCUAGACAAACUGGAGGGAGAUAACCUCAGAAAAUUUCUGAACACAGCCAGAGACAGGAACCGCUGGGUGGAGCCUGGCAAGAAGCUCUACAAUGUGGAAGCCACAUCCUACGCCCUCUUGGCCCUGCUGCUGCUCAAAGACUUUGACAAUGUACCUCCUGUCGUCCGCUGGCUCAAUGAGCAGAGAUACUACGGAGGUGGCUAUGGCUCCACCCAGGCCACCUUCAUGGUGUUCCAAGCCUUGGCCCAAUACCAGAAGGAUGUCCCCAACCACAAGGACCUGAACCUGCAAGUGUCCAUCAACCUGCCCAGCCGCAGCACAGAGAUCAAGCACCACAUUGUCUGGGAUUCUCCUAGCCUCCAACGGUCAGAAGAGACCAAGAAAAAUGAGAAUUUCGAAGUAAUAGCAAAAGGAAAAGGACAAGGCACCUUGUCGGUGGUGACCAUGUACUAUGCCAAGCUCAAAAACAAAGCCACCUGCAAGAAGUUUGACCUCAGGGUUGACAUACAACCAGCCCCUGAAAAUGUCAAGAGGCCUCAGGACGCCUUGAACAGCAUGACCCUUAACAUCUGUACCAGGUACCUGGGAGACGAGGACGCUACCAUGUCGAUACUGGAUAUAUCCAUGAUGACUGGCUUUUCUCCUGACACUUGUGACCUCAACCAGUUGAGCAGUGGUAUCGAGAGAUACAUAUCUAAGUAUGAGCUGAACAAGGCCUUCUCCAACAAGAACAAUGUCAUCCUCUACCUGGAAAAGAUCUCACAUAACCAGGAGGACUGUAUAUCCUUCAGAGUGCACCAGUACUUUAAGGUGGGGCUUAUCCAGCCUGGAUCAGUCAAGGUGUACUCCUAUUACAACCUAGAUGAGAGUUGCACCCGGUUCUACCACCCAGAGAAAGAAGAUGGGCAACUAAGCAAGCUCUGUCACAAGGACAUGUGCCGCUGUGCUGAGGAGAACUGCUUCAUGCAGCAGGUGUACGACAAGGUCACCAAGGAUGAACGGCUGGACAAGGCCUGUGAGCCAGGCGUAGACUACGUGUACAAGACCAGGCUUCUCAGGAAGGAGCCAGCAGAAGACUUUGACGAGUACGUAAUGGCUGUGGAGCAGAUCAUCAAAUCAGGCUCCGAUGAGGUGGCCAGAGGACAGGAGCGCAGGUUCAUCAGCCACAUCAGGUGCAGAGAAGCCCUGAAGCUGCAGGAUGGGAAACGCUACCUCGUGUGGGGCGUCUCCACCGACCUGUGGGGAGAGAAACCCAAGAUCAACUACAUCAUCGGGAAGGACACAUGGGUGGAGAUGUGGCCUGAGGCCGAUGAAUGCCAGGAUGAGGAAAAUGAGAAACGGUGCCAAGACCUGGCCAGCUUCACUGAUGACAUGAUCACCUUUGGCUGUCCCAACUGACCCCUCCCCGUGGUCCCCACAAUAAAGCUUCAGUUGUAUGUCA